AUGUCUAGUAUUAUUGACGGAGUUGGGUUCGAUUACUUUGUUAAAACGCCAGUAUGCGAUUGGUCUCCACUUGAUUAUCAUGUCUUCUGGAAAAACGAUGGAUUAGUAUUAGAUAAAUCAAUUUUAACAAGAUUUAUUGAACAAGUCGAAUGGUUCAUAGAAAACGGUGCAGUAGACGAACAAGAGAAAGCGAAGUACCUAAAGAUGCGAUUUCAAGAUGAGUCUGCCACAUCGGAACAAAGUCAUUAUUAUGCUUUAAGAAAGAAGCAAAAAGCAGAAGUGGAUAUCUUUAAUACUCCGAAGAUAGAGGUGCUGGCGAGUAUAAACACAAAGUCGCACCUGGAAAAUUAUAAUAUUGUUUGUCUCUUUGAUAUUGAAUUCCCAUACACAAAACAACUCUUUAUGAAAUUAUCAACAGAUCAGAUACGCAUGAUGAAGAGUAAAUGGACAGAGGCCGAAGCAUAUAUUAGUAAAGAAGAGAUUGAAAAGUGCUGGAACGAAUGCCCAUUAAAAAAAUUGGUGGACGAUAACCAUCAAAUCAUUAAAGAAAAUUCAGAUGAGGAUACGCUUUAUGUCGAUCUCAACGGUCUUAUGACCUCUUUUACAAAACAGAAGACUCUCCAACUAUUGCAUAAACACAGUGCAUUGCUUGAUAAUGAAUCUAGUGAAUUUAAAUACCGAGAUGAUAUCGUAAACCCUCUUCUUGCGUCAAUUUUUUAUGAUGUUGAGGAUGCGCUGUGGAUGAAAACGUUAGUGUUCGAACUGAAAGCUCAGGAAGAUGAACGUGGAAAACUCGGUGACAAGCACGACGGUAUAUUAUACAUGAAUAUCAAUGGUGUAAAAAUUAGCGUUGGUUAUUUUGAAGUUGUUGCAAUGAUGGUAUCAUUAUACUAUCAACGUGUACAUCAAUCUGAUGAUGUGAAUACCCACAAUUGCAAUUUUGGGCGUGAGUAUCAUCUUCUAAGCAUGCAUCUGGUUGAUGAAAUGUACAUCGUAGACGAAUAUGAUGCUUUCGUCGUACCAGAUUCUGGUGUGGACUUGUUGCAGAUCGGAAAAGUCAUCGAAAUAGUGAAAAAAUUUAAGGUACGAAUGAUUAAGUAUUAUCGUCAACUUAUUAAAAAGCCACGUAAAGUGACUCGACUUCCAAGUUCGGGACUACCAGUUGCUUCCCCAUCCAAGAAAACCAAAAAAAAAUAA